AUCCAGAGGUGGGCGGGAUACAGAAAUUGGAAGCCAUUUGUGCACCCUUUUCUGGAGGCAGAGAAAUUGGACAAAGAUGGUUGAAAGACUUGCCUGACCUGUUACUACCAGAAUGGUACUAUGAAUACCAGUAGAAAGGUGAUUGGAGAUCCACAAGAUUCCCUGGAUCUAUUAGGAGUUGUGAUACAGAAUUGAGAAAGAAUGAAAAGCCAAUGUUUAGCAAGUGAGGAAAUUGGAAAAGGCCCUUCUGAUGUUCAGCUUGGGAGCUGUGGAGAGAUCUGGGCAAGAACUGAGCAGAAGAUCCUGGAGGAGAAAACCAUCCUUUCAGAAAUUGAGCCCUGGAACUUCAGGAGCUUCCAAUACAAAGAGGAUGAAGGUCCCCGAGGGCUUUGCAGCCGACUCCAUUACUUUUGUAGUAGAUGGUUGAGACCAGAAAAGCACACAAAAGCGCAGAUGUUGGACCUGGUUGUUCUGGAGCAGUUCCUGGCGCUUCUGCCCCUGGAGAUGGAGAGCUGGGUACGGGAGUGUGGAGCAGAGACCAGCUCCCAGGCGGUGGCCCUGGUGGAAGGCUUCCUCCUGAGCCAGGUGGUGGAGCAAAAGAAGAGGACUGACAGGCAGAAUAGAAGGAAGCUGGCCCCUCCUGAUGGUGGAGCUGAAACAGUGGUUGAAACUCCAAUUCAAGAGAGCCUUGUCUCCUUCGAGGAGGUGGCUGUGUAUUUCUCCGAGGAGGAAUGGUCUCUGCUGGAUCCUCGCCAAAAAGCGCUGCAUUGGGAAGUCAUGCUUGAAAAUUACAGCAACGUGUCCUCUCUUGGUGAUGAUGGGCAGGACCAUAAAGAGUCUCAGGAAUCAUUCCAAGGGUUCAGACGUGGAGAUGCAAUGGAGGAACCUGUAAUUCAAAUGAAAUUCCAAAGGCAGGAGAGAAAUCAGUCAAGUAAUUGGAAUAAGGAAAGCUCAUCUUCCAUUGAUGCUCACAUGCAGGAGUUUCUUGAGCAAGGAGGAAAAAUACAAAAAAAACAUAUUGGGAAAGGUAUAGGACUAUCCAAAGGCACACUAGAUACACAUGGACAUUGUACAUCCCAAGCCAAAGGACAAGGUUAUAUAUGUAAAGACAAUGAAAAAAAUUACAAUUGGACUUCCACACUUUCUCAAGAAAAUAGGUCUCUUACAUCACAUAAAAGUCUUCACAUGGGAGAGAAGCCAAAUAAAU